GAGAUUAAUACAACAAAAUUUUUAAAUUAAAAUUGUGCUUGUAUAGACAACAUAUUUAAACCUAAAGAGGGCUUUUUUAUAGAGGAAAAGAAUAUCAACUUCUACUCGCGUUUUUUUUUUGGUGAAAUAAAUUUCCCAAAGUUGGUGACGACCCUUCUGUGUAACCAUUUUUGCAUAAUAUAACUUUUGGCUUAUAACCUGGAGAUUGUGAGUGACUGUGAACCCUUCAUGUAAAACUACACCUGUGUGUACAUCCUCUCAUUAGACGCAGUGGUUUUGAGGGGAGUUGAUUCAGCUUCAGAAGCAAAAACAAGUAAAAAGCAGCAGAGCGAAACAACAGAGUGUUCUGGCACAGUAUGGAGAGCUGGCUGUGUUUGCUGCUGCUGUGCACACUAAGUUUAAUGCUUGCCUCUGGAGACGAGACGAAAAAUGAUGAUGAUGACAUCGACCUUGUCAGCUUUCUGAGAAGUAUCUACUCCGGGCUGCUGGUGAGAGACAAGCCGUUUAUCAUCAACAGAGACUUCGAGAUAAACUCCCUCAAGGAGCUGGGACGCCCUGCAGACCUCUCAAUCACGGAACAAACCAAGGAUAAACCUGUCAGCUGGGAUACAAAUGCAGCUCCUGGACCUGUGGUGGUAACCAAGAAUGGCCAAAUGAAGGGGGUGACAGCGGAUAAGGCACAUAUAUUCUCUGGGGUACCGUAUGCAGACCCUCCUGUAGGGGCUUACCGCUGGAAGCCCCCCAGACCUGUGAGUCCUUGGUCCGGGGUUUAUGAUGCCUCUUCUCCCAGAGCAGCAUGCAUGCAGGCCUGCAGUGGACCCAUCACAGAAGAGUGUCCACGAGUGGUGAGUGAGGACUGUCUCUACCUGAACAUCUUUGUCCCAUUGGACGUGGACUUCACCUCCCCCCUGAGGAGCACGCUGCCCGUCAUGGUGUGGAUCCAUGGAGGGGAUUUCAUCGCUGGCUCUGCCUCCAAGCCUCUGUAUGAUGGACGCUUCAUCAGUAACUUCACACACUGUGUUGUUGUUAGCCUGGAGUACCGUCUAGGUGCCUUUGGGUUCCUUGUUUCCGGAAAACAGCCUCACACCUCAGCCCUAGGAAAUUAUGGGAUCUUGGACCAGCAGACGGCUCUUCUUUGGGUGCAACAAAACAUUGCAGUGUUUGGAGGUGAUCCAGGCAAGGUGACAAUAUUUGGGGAGAGUGCUGGUGCUCAGUCAGUGAGUCUUCACCUAAUGAUCCAGAGCAGCAAACCUCUGUUCAAACAGGCGGUGCUGCAGAGCCUGCCCUUCUCCAUCCCUCUCAAGACGAGACACGAUGCCCUGAAGCUGGGGAAGGACUUUGCCAAACAGACCAACUGCUCCGUGAGCGACGUCGUCUGCCUGCUGUCUCUCUCUCCACAGGCUGUCCUGGACGCCCAGAUGAAAACAAGUUCCAAGAUUGUGAAUCCGUUCAGGUUCCUGGAGGUUUUUGAGACAUGGGGUCCGCACAUCGAUGGAGAGCUCAUAAAGGAGCAAGCUGUCACCGCUUUCCUGAAGGGCCACUGGCAGAAAGAGAAGCAAGUGCUGCUGGGUACCACUUCAGAGGAGGGGGUGAUCUUUGUGUAUGGAGUCUUCAACAAGCCAGUGUCUGCAAUAGAGAGCACAGUGUACAUCACAGCCAUCUUUAAACAGCACGCUCUGCGGAUCCUGCACAAAUACUUGCCUCUUUACAGAGACGCUGACCGCAGGGGCAUGCUCGCUCAGAUCGUCACAGACUACGUCUUCCUGUGUCCAUCCAGGAGGUCGGCGCGCGCAGGAACAGCAGCGGGCAGCGAGGUGUGGAUGUAUGUGUUCGACCACGUGGCGUCAGACCACCGCGUGUGGUCCGGUCUGACCUUCUGCUACCAGCACGUCUGCCACGGAGCAGAGCUGCCUUUUCUCUUCAACUCUGCCUCGGUGGCAAACUUCACCCUGUCACCUCCUGAGAAGCUGAUGUCCAAUCGGAUGCUGUGUUACUGGGGCGCCUUCGCACACACUGGUGAUCCGUCUUCUCGGGCCCAACAGACAACUUUCUGUCGGGAGCAGCGUCUUCCUGUUUGGCCGCGUUACUCUGACACAAGCGGCUGGCUGAUGAUGAACUUUACUGUUCGGUCACAUGCACAAGUGGGAACCAGGAACCACGUGUGUGACUUCUGGGACAAGCUGGGGAUAUACUAG